UCGUUCGUAUUUGCUGCAAAAGGAAAAGGGGGAGAGGGAGAGAGAAAAAGAGGUAGGAGACGGAAUCUGCCUUUGGCCUGUUCUUUGCAUCCACAAUCCUCCACGCCGUUCGAUAGAUUUUUGCUGAAGAGAAGAGGUCUUUCUUCGCCAUCGCCCCAUUUCUUCCUCCCUCCCUCUUCUAUUUGGUAUCUUCUUUUUCAUCAUCUCAAAGAAGUGAGAUUUUACUUGUAAAGAUUAAUUUUCUUCUUCUUCUUCUUUUUUCUCGGGGUUCGGUGAUAUUUGAAGAUUUUGUUUGCAAUUACUUCUUCAAGGUUGCCUUUCCCUCCACCCUUUUGCAAUUACUUCUUCAAGGUUGCCUUUCCCUCCACCCUUCUUCCCGAGUACUCAUCUUCGACCGAUUACUCAUCACUGAGAGGAGAGAGAGAGAGAGAGAAAUUUAGUGCAGAAGGAAUCGGAUUGCCCGCAUCGAAGAGCCAAAAAAAGGGCGUGUUUGUAAUCUGGGAAUCAACGGAUCCGCCAACGCUAUUCGUUUGGUUCAACUGCCUCGCCGCUAUGGAGUGCAUAUUGGAAGUGAUCAGGACCCUCCCGAUGGGGUCCUGCCUGUCGUCUGACGGAUGGAGCGGCGGCCGCAACCCGUCGUCCCCGGCGUCGCCUGCUUCCGGGGCCAGGCGGCAAGGCGGAGGCAUAAGGAGGCGACGGCCGUCGCCGGAGGAGGAGGAGCUGGACGGAAUCUGGGAACGGAUGUGUCGUAAUGGCGCCACCAGCGCCGCGUCGUUGUUCACCCAGCAGGGCAAGAAGGGGACCAAUCAGGACGCCAUGAUCGUCUGGGAGAAUUUUGGUGAUAGGAGUGAUACAAUCUUUUGUGGAGUUUUUGAUGGUCAUGGUCCAAAUGGCCACAUGGUGGCAAGGAAAGUAAGAGACAUCCUUCCUUUGAAUCUAUGCGCCAAUUUGCAGCUAAAUGCAGGAAAUCAUGAUUUGAAAGAAAACAAUAUUAAUAUCAUGAAUUCUGAGGCAAUUCCGUCGACAAUUCCUCAAGAAGAUCCCAGACCUCCUAAUGGCUGUGAUGAAAAAGACAGGCAUUCAAAAUUCUUUAAAGCACUGAAAGUUUCAUUCCUAAAGACUUUUCGAAUAGUGGACAAGGAACUGAGACUGCAUCCGGAAAUUGAUUGCUUUCUCAGUGGGACAACAGCAGUCACUCUGGUCAAGCAGGGUGAAGAUCUUGUCAUUGGAAAUGUUGGAGACUCAAGAGCAGUUUUGGGUACUAGAGAUGAAAACAACUGUUUGAUUGCAGUCCAGUUGACUACAGAUCUCAAACCAAGCCUUCCCAGGGAAGCUGAAAGAAUUAGGCGUCACAGGGGCCGUGUCUUUGCCUUGAAGAAUGAACCAGAAGUGGCUCGGGUAUGGUUGCCCAAUAUGAACUCCCCAGGCUUGGCUAUGGCACGGGCUUUUGGAGAUUUUUGUUUGAAGGAUUUCGGUUUAAUUUCUGUUCCUGAAGUUUCAUACAGACGUGUUACAGCAAAAGACGAGUUUAUCGUCUUGGCAACUGAUGGGGUUUGGGAUGUUUUAUCAAACAAAGAUGUGGUAAGCAUCGUCGCCUCUGCUCCAACAAGGUCCUCUUCUGCUCGUUCUCUUGUUGAAUCAGCCGCUCGCGCCUGGAAGUUGAAAUAUCCAACGUCCAAGACUGACGACUGUGCUGUGGUUUGCCUCUUCCUUAAUUUAGACAAACCAAACUCCACUGUCUACCGUAAAGAUGAUCAACUCAAUAGCAUCGAGGUUGUCAGUUUUUAUCAGAGCAACGGCAAGCAUGCCUAAGGUUUCAUUCAUACCGGCAAUCUAUCCGAUCAUGGUGUGCUCUAGAACGUGAGUAUAAGCUGCCACAAGAAGAAGAACGUCCACCAAUUAUCUUCCUGAUUGAAACUUCCAGUGUUGGUGAGAAGAACAGCCCGACUAUAUUAGAAUGUCAAGGUGUUGUCUCUCUGUGUGCCAUCGUCAUUUGAAUUCUCAUGUUUUUUUUGCCAUUUGUCUUACCACGUGAGAAACUACUUUGUCUAUAUUUUUGUUCAUCUACAAUUUAAGGACCUAAAUUCAUGAUAA